GGGGUCAGAAACGAUUGGAUCCAAUUGCUAUCUCCUUCUUUUUGUGCAACACCUUCCAUUAUCAAGAUGAAGAGCAUUGUACUGGCUGUAAUCUUGGGAUUAGCGGCGGCGCAAGAAUCGAAUUACCACGGUCGUAACAGUUACCACGAUAAUGAUAGGCCAAAUCCUUCGAGCGAAGAGAGGAAACAUCAGACCACAACGCCUAUUCCAAUUUUACAUUGGAACAAACAACAGGAACACGACGGGACGUACAAAACGAGUUACGAAACGGGAAAUAACAUCAUCGCGGAGGAGAGCGGUUACAUCAAGAAGGUAGGCGAAGGCGAGGAACAAGGAGAAGCUUUGGUUCAACAAGGAAGCUACUCGUACAUGAGUCCCGAGGGGCAGCUGAUCACUAUUCAUUACACAGCUGACGAGACUGGCUUUCACGCGACCGGUGAACACAUUCCCACGCCACCGCCAGUCAGCGAGGAGAUUCAGAAAGGCCUCGACCUCAUCUUCGCCGGCAUUCGUCAGCAAGAAGAGGCAGACGCACGCGAAGCGGCCCAAAAGACACAGCCGCAGCCUUUCAAUCAGCAAGUCGAGCGACGAGACAAUUACGAGAGAAAGUUCCGGAAAUGAGGUGUACGAAAACCGAAAACAUUGUUGACGCAC